UUGGCAGGCACUGCUGCGUUUCACAGCCCGAAAGGACAAGCAGUCAUCGAAACUGACUCACUCUCAGACAUACGCUCCAGCAAAAAGGUGUACACGUCGGUCGACCAGCCAUUAAACGCGAUCAGAUGUCUUGAAAGCGCUUUGUUGAACUUCCUGGAGGACACCAGCAUACUAUUGUCCCUUGCCAGAUUGUAUGAGGGCAUCGGCGAGACGGACCUCUCUCAACAACAUUACAAACGGCUGCUGAAGGAGGACUGUACCAACAUCGAAUCCAUUGCUUGCAUCGCAACACAUCACUUCUACAGUGACCAGCCGGAAAUUGCUCUUAGAUACUUUCGACGAAUAUUGCAGAUGGGAUUCAGCAGCGCCGAAACCUUCACUAAUAUUGGUUUAUGCUGUUUCUACGCUCAGCAAAACGACCUGGCUUUGAAAUGCAUCCACACGGCUUUGGAUUUAGCUGACGACGACGAAACGUUGGCCCAUUUGUGGUACAAUGUCGGACAAACGCCGAUCAGCGAUCUCAUUGCAAGAGUCACGAUGGCAAAGCAAUGGUCAGGGCACGAUCCAUCUCUUGACCAGCCAUACGUAGGACUCUGUUUCAAGUGA